ACACUCUCUUCUGUUACUAUUUAAUAAAACACCAAAUUCGUUUCGGUUGCCGCCUUUGGAUUUACAUUUAGUUUCUCUGCCUUUUCUAAUUUCAGCAAACGACUCUCUCCAUGGUUAAUUUUUAACCAAUUACGCAUCUCUCUUACCUCUUUUGUUUCCUUCAAAUGGUCGCUCCUGAGCUCUCCAAGCUCAACUCCUCUCCAAUGGCGAAAUCGCCUAUUAGAAAUAAAGCUUCUUCCUGUUUCAGUGAUGUCUUUCUCUAUCUUGGUGGUGCUUUGCUUGCUUUUUUGCUCAUUUGGUCUCUUUGGUCUUAUGCUGGUAAUUUUGAGCCUAAUGUCACUGAUUUAAAUAUCAAGGUUGGUUCCAAUUCACGAAGUUGCGUACAGGAAAACCCGGCGGUUAAUCUCCGGUAUGACCCGCCUGAUAGAACAUUCUACGAUGAUCCGGAGCUGAGAUAUUCCAUCGACCAGCCUGUGAAAGACUGGGAUGAGAAGAGAAAGGAGUGGCUGAAGCUUCACCCUUCGUUCGCCCCUGGCGCUCGCGAUCGAGUGGUGAUGCUGACUGGAUCGCAGUCGGGGCCGUGUAAGAACCCAAUCGGCGACCAUUUUCUUUUAAGAUUCUUCAAGAAUAAAGUGGACUAUUGCAGAAUCCACGGUUACGAUAUCUUCUAUAACAACGUGCUGCUCCACCCUAAAAUGAACAGUUUCUGGGCGAAACUGCCGACGGUGAGGGCUGCGAUGCUGGCUCAUCCGGAGGCAGAGUGGAUCUGGUGGGUGGACUCAGACGCGAUGUUCACCGACAUGGAAUACAAACUCCCGUUACGCCGUUAUGAUUACAAGAACCACAACCUGGUGGUACACGGGUGGGCGAAGCUGAUUUACGAGGCCAAGAGCUGGACUGCCUUAAACGCCGGGGUUUUCCUGAUCAGGAACUGUCAAUGGUCCAUGGAUUUCAUAGACACGUGGGCCAAAAUGGGUCCGAUGAGCCCGGAGUUCCAGAAGUGGGGUCAGAUUCAACGGUCGUUAUUCAAAGACAAGCUCUUCCCGGCAUCAGACGAUCAGUCGGCUCUGAUUUACCUGCUGUACAAAGAUAAGAGAUUAAUGGACAAGAUUUAUCUAGAAGGGGAGUACUACUUCGAGGGGUAUUGGUUAGAGAUAGUCCCGACAUACGAUAACAUCACCGAGAUGUACACAGCAAUCGAGAGGGGGGAUGGGAAAUUAAGGAGGAGACACGCUGAGAAAGUGAGCGAGCAAUACGGUGCGUUUAGGGAGCCGCACUUGAAGGGCGCGGGUAACGGGAAAGGGAGCUGGAGAAGGCCGUUUAUAACUCAUUUCACAGGGUGCCAGCCAUGCAGUGGGGAUCACAACAAGAUGUACGAAGGAGACAGUUGCUGGAAAGGGAUGGUGAGAGCCUUGAAUUUUGCAGAUAACCAAGUGCUGAGGAAAUAUGGGUUUGUACACCCGGAUUUGCUGGAUUCCAAAACGGUGGUGGAGACGCCGUUUGAUUACCCUGAUGAGGGUCCAUGGUAAAAAUGUGAGAAAAUUAGUAAAAGGCAAAAUUUUCUGGAUAAAGUGAUUUUUCUAGUUUAAGAGGUAUGCUUUGUGAAUUUGUACAUGGCAUCCCAUCAUGAAUUUCAAAACGUAUAUAAUUUUUGGCUGAAAGAUGAAUAAAAUUCACUGAGGGGAAGGCAUGCCAUUUAAUGGUAAA